AUGUACUCAAUUCUGCUACUAACGAGGUCCGCCCGGCUCGGUAAUAAGCCACGAAGACUGACCUCGUCGUUGGGACCACUCUUGCCGCAGUUAACAAGUAAUGGCGUGUCGCGAAGGGAGCUACAAACGUCGGAGAGACCACGAAGGCAACAGACCUUUACGGAGCGCAGCGAAUUGAAAUACGCCCGUCGACUGGUCAUCAAACUCGGCAGCGCGGUUAUAACGCGGGAGGACGAGCACGGCCUGGCUCUUGGACGUCUGGCUUCUAUCGUGGAGCAGGUAGCCGAAUGCCAGAUCGACGGACGCGAAUGCAUCAUGGUCACUAGCGGGGCGGUUGCCUUUGGCAAGCAGAAGCUCACCCAGGAGCUUUUGAUGUCCAUGUCGAUGAGAGAGACCCUGAGCCCCACGGAUCACACGCGGGAACACGCAGGAACUAUGUUAGAACCUAGAGCAGCCGCCGCAGUGGGUCAAUCAGGUCUCAUGUCUCUCUACGACGCGAUGUUCGCCCAGUACGGGGUCAAAAUCGCGCAGGUGCUGGUGACCAAGCCCGACUUUUACAACGAAGAGACGCGAAAGAAUCUCUUUAGCACGCUGAGCGAACUGAUCAGUCUGAACAUCGUGCCGAUCAUCAACACGAACGACGCGGUGUCUCCGCCACCGGACGUCGACGAAGAAGUCGCCGGCGGUGGCGGCAGACGAGGAAUAUCCAUCAAGGACAACGACUCCCUGGCAGCCAUGCUAGCGGCUGAAGUCCAAGCGGACUUGCUGAUCCUCAUGAGCGAUGUUGACGGAAUUUACAAUCUUCCACCUUGGCAGGACGGCGCGAGGAUGCUGCACACCUUCAGCUCCGAUCUGAGGGGUACCAUCAAGUUCGGACAGAAGUCGAAAGUAGGCACAGGCGGCAUGGACGCGAAGGUCAACGCCGCUCUCUGGGCAAUGGAUCGUGGCGUUGCGGUGGUCAUCUGCAACGGCACCCAGGAAAAGGCUAUUAAGAGCAUCAUGUCGGGCAGAAAGAUCGGAACGUUGUUCACGCAGGCUGCCGGCUCGUCCACUCCUAUCGAGGUGGUCGCCGAAAACGCCCGCGUCGGCUGUAGAAAGCUACAGGCGUUAAGCCCGGAGGAACGAGCCGAGUGCAUCAAAAUUCUCGCGGAUUUACUCGAGUCCAGACAAUCCGAGAUUCUCGCGGCGAAUGCGUUGGAUUUGGAGGACGCGAGUAAGAAGAAUCUGGCGCAAGUCCUGCUAUCGCGUCUAUCUCUAACGCCGGCGAAGCUCAAGUCUUUGAGUUCCGGUCUGCGUCAAAUCGCGGACGAUUCGUUGAACAACGUAGGCCGCGUGGUCCGUAGGACCAGAUUGGCCGAUGGUCUGGAAUUGGCGCAAAUAACGGUGCCGAUCGGGGUAUUGCUGGUGAUCUUCGAAUCCAGGCCGGAUAGCCUGCCUCAGGUAGCCGCUCUGGCCAUGUCCAGCGCUAACGGGCUUCUCCUGAAGGGUGGCAAAGAAGCCGCUAACAGCAACAAGUAUCUGAUGGUUCUCGUGAAGGAGGCGUUGGAAAAGUUCGGCGCGUCGAACGCUAUUUCCCUCGUGUCCACGAGGGAGGAUGUGGGCGAUCUUCUCUCAAUGGAAAAACAUAUAGAUCUCAUCAUUCCUCGCGGUAGCUCGGAGUUGGUCCGCACGAUCCAAGAACAGUCUAAACAUAUACCCGUCUUAGGACAUGCCGAGGGUAUCUGUCACGUUUACAUCGACAAAUACGCGGAUAUUGCGAAGGCCAUGAAAAUCAUCAGAGACUCCAAGUGCGAUUAUCCCGCUGCGUGCAACGCUAUGGAGACGUUACUGAUACACGAAAGCCUUAUGAGCGGCAGCUUCUUUAGCGACGUGUGCAGCAUGCUGAAGAAAGAAGGGGUGAAAAUCAAUUCCGGUCCAAAGCUAAGAGAGUUAUUGACCUUCGGUCCGCCCGCCGCGAAAAGCAUGCGAACCGAAUACGGCGCACUCGAAUGCACCGUAGAAGUCGUUUCGGACGUCGACGAUGCCAUCAGCCACAUUCAUCAAUACGGUAGCAGCCAUACCGAUGUUAUUGUCAGCGAGGAUACCAGCACAGCGGCGCAUUUCCAGAGAGAGGUAGACAGUGCGUGUGUCUUCCAUAACGCCAGCACUAGAUUUGCAGACGGCUAUAGAUUCGGUCUUGGAGCGGAGGUCGGUAUUUCCACAACACGUAUCCACGCACGUGGUCCGGUAGGAGUGGAUGGGCUAUUAACGACAAAAUGGAUUUUGAAAGGCGAUGGACACACGGCCGCGGAUUUUGCUGAAGGAGGCACCAGAACUUGGCUUCAUCAAUCUUUACCUCUCGCAGAAUCAGCGUGAAUCGAUUACUUCGAACUUUGUGAUCUCGGGAUGGCUAGAAUCGUUCAUAAAAUACUACGAAUGAGCUUUUUUAAAAGAAAAAUACGAUACAUAUCGGAUAUCGGGAGAUAUAAAUCGAAACAAACUCAGGCAUAAUAGACUACAAAUAAAUUAAAUUAAAUACUAUCUUAUCUAAUCACUUUUGAUAUUGUAUAUGUACCGAAUCAAAAUUUAAAAUCGUAACUAUAUCGGUAUAAUUUAUUGACAACGAAAAUAUUUAUAAAAUAGGAAAUUUUCGCGUUUAUGGAAUAGGAAUAGCUCGACGUCAUAGCUAUAUAAUAGGCAUAAUAGCUGUGAUACCAUUUAGAAUAAUUGUAAUUACCGGAUUCAUAAAGAUAUAAUUUUCGAUAUA